GUGAGUGAGUGGGGUGGUGAGUAGGGUGGUGAGUGAGUGGGGUGAGUGAGUGAGUGAGAGAUCGAGCGAUUGCGUGGCGGACUGACCGAGUGGUUUAGCGAGCGAGUGGCCGGCGUGGUUGAGCUACCAAAGCGAGUGAACGAAUUGCCACGUUGGGUGGUGGCGGUGCAUCAACCUGCGACUGUCCUUGUCAGUGACCGAGCGACUCUCUGGGUAGCCGCGUGAGCGACCACCUCGGUGGGACUCUCGAGCAGACGGGGAGACGAUCUAACGCCACUGGCAGCGUUGAGAGGAGGCGAGCGAGUGGCCGACUGAGUGACUCGACCGACCGACCGACGGACCCAGCCCACGCCGCCUCUCCUCGUCACCGCCGACGAUGUCCUCCUCCUCCUCGUCGUCGUCGUUCGUGUGCGGCGCGAAUCUUCACGCCCUGGCCGAGAGCCUCUUCCUCUACCCGGGCUCCCCGGCUCUCCUCGCGGGGCUCCACGUGCCGCCCGCGCUGCAGCGCGGGUGCAGCAGCGGAGCGGCAGCGGCAGGAGGCGCCGGAGGAGUCGGAGGCCUCGGCUUGAGCGGCUCGGCAGCGAAGGAGUCCCCGCAGAAGCCCCCCUACAGCUACAUCGCGCUCAUCGCCAUGGCCAUCGAGAGCUCCCCGGAGCGCCGCGUCACGCUCAGCGGCAUCUACCGCUUCAUCAUGGCGCGCUUCCCCUACUACCACGACAACAAGCAGGGCUGGCAGAACUCCAUCCGCCACAACCUCAGCCUCAACGAGUGCUUCGUCAAGGUGGCGCGCGAGAAGGGGCGGCCCGGCAAGGGCAGCUACUGGACCCUGGACCCGCGCUGUGCCGACAUGUUCGAGCACGGCAACUACAGGAGGCGAAAGCGCAGGGCGAAGGCGACUGCUGCCGCCGCUGCUGCUGCUGCAGGAGGAGGUGCAGGAGGAAUGGCUCCCUGUGUUGGUCGGGGCCCCUACGGCAGGGAUGGAGGGGACGGCCCCGGAGACCCGGCUGACGGGAGCUCGGGGGACGGGGAUCGUCACCACCACGGAUGCGCACCGGGGCCGCUUCCCGUGGCACCGACUCGUGAUGAUGACGACGACGACGGCGGUGGCGAUGGUUCCUCUCGUACUGCUGGUGGAACCGCUGGUGGUGGACCCCAGCCGCUGAUCGCGAUCAAGAAGGAGGAGGACGGCGGAGCAGCUGACGAGGGCCUCGUGCUCGGGGCCCCGAGUCACGGGGCGCGCGGCGGCGUCCGGGCCACGGCGCCUUCCUCGGGCCGCGCUGACCCCGACCCCGACCUGGACGCCAACUCGGAGACAUUCCCCGCCAACAGGGACCGAGGGGACGUGGCCAAAUGCGGGCGCGGCGGCGGCGGCGGCGGCGGCGUGGGGGGCAAAGCGGCACCGCGCGCCGCCGCCGCCGCCGCGGCCGCCGCGGCCGCCGAGAAGUGGCGGACUUUCAGCAUCGAGGGGAUCCUCUCGAGCUCGCGGGCCCCGUUCGCCGCGGAUCCCCCGCACAGGGGGCCCGUGGCCACCGCGGGCUGCUGCGCGCUGUGCCGCUCCCUGUCCCUCGCGUCGCUGCCGCCGCCGCCGCCGCCGCUGCCGCCGCUGCCGCCGUGCGGUUUCCACGCGGCGGGGCCGGCUCUGCUGCCGGCCUGGCUGGCACCCUACGGGGCCCCCUACGGAUUCCGCGUCUCCCUGGCGGGCGGGGCCAUGUGCGCGCCGUGCGCCCUGCACCCGGCUUGA